CACACACACCUACACAUCCCCAAUAUCCAUAUACAAGUAAAUCUCUCUCCCCCCUCACCAUCUCCUCCCAGAAAACACAACCCAAAACCCCACGAAGAAAAACAAAAAUCAUGCUACUGGCACUGCUACCCCCUAACCCACUUGUCUCACUGUCACUGCUGCUGCUUGUAACUAGCAUCACAGCCAAAACCAUUUCCUACCCUGGUUUCCAGUUCUUGAACGUCGAAGAAGGCAUUACUGAAACAAAAAGUAAGCCUUUCAAAACAUCUCAAUAUCAAGAACCGUUCAAGAACCAGAAUGACUCUCUAUCUGAUGGAAAAUGGAAGCUACAACUAGUCCACAGAGACAAGAUGAGUUUCAACGUCUCCGAUCUUUUUCAUGGACGCCUACACAGAGACAUGAGGAGGGUAGCUAGCCUCAUCCGUCGCCUUGCAGGCACCGCCAGUUAUACGGUGGAUGAGUUUGGGGCGGAGGUGGUAUCGGGCAUGGAUCAAGGUAGCGGAGAAUAUUUUGUUAGAAUAGGCGUUGGCAGCCCGCCAAGAGAUCAAUAUGUGGUUAUCGAUUCAGGCAGUGAUAUAGUUUGGGUCCAAUGCCAACCUUGCACCCAGUGUUACAAUCAAACCGACCCGGUAUUCGACCCGGCCGACUCUGCAUCGUUUACAGGGGUGUCUUGUAGCUCUGCGGUCUGUGACAGAGUUGAUAACUCAGGUUGCCAUGCGGGUCGGUGUCGCUAUGAGGUCAUGUAUGGUGAUGGAUCAUACACCAAGGGGACCCUUGCCCUGGAAACGCUUACGUUCGGGCGGACUGUGGUCCGCAACGUGGCCAUAGGGUGCGGCCACGUGAACCGAGGCAUGUUUGUUGGAGCAGCUGGAUUACUAGGCCUCGGAGGUGGAUCCAUGUCUCUUGUGGGACAAUUGGGUGGUCAAACUGGUGGUGCAUUUAGUUACUGUUUAGUGAGUCGGGGAACCGAUUCAUCUGGAGCAUUGGAAUUUGGGCGUGAAGCAAUGCCCGUGGGUGCUGCUUGGAUUCCUCUGAUCCGUAACCCGCGAGCGUCAAGCUUCUAUUACAUUGGGCUUUCGGGUCUUGGAGUGGGAGGCAUGAAGGUGGCCAUAUCAGAAGAAAUUUUUCAGUUGAAUGAAACGGGAAAUGGAGGUGUUGUCAUGGAUACUGGGACUGCCGUAACUAGGCUUCCUACGGUGGCAUACGUUGCAUUCCGCGAUGCUUUUGUGGCACAAACUGGAAACCUUCCCCGGGCUUCCGGUGUAUCCAUAUUCGAUACCUGUUAUAACCUAUUUGGGUUUGUGUCGGUUCGGGUACCAACCGUGUCACUCUACUUCUCGGGCGGGCCAAUCCUGACCCUUCCAGCAAGAAACUUUCUGAUUCCAGUGGAUGACGUGGGGACUUUUUGUUUUGCAUUUGCAGCAUCCCCAUCAGGACUAUCCAUCAUAGGGAACAUUCAGCAAGAGGGGAUUCAGAUUUCUUUUGAUGGGGCAAAUGGGUUUGUGGGGUUUGGCCCUAAUGUUUGUUAGGUACAUUUAGUUAUGGAAUUUGCUAGUGUCUUAGAUUACAAUCACAUAUUAAUUGCACUGCAUUAAAAAUGAAUUAAUGUAUCUGCGAUUGAUGUGGGUUUUGUGGAAUUAUAUUAGGAAAUUUUUUAUUGGGUUAAGUGC